AUGAAGAAUUCCGAAAUCCUCGCACUUGCCAUGGCUGUUUCGGCGCAUUUGACGUCUCGGCUUCCUGCUGAUGCGGUAGAUGAAAGGCGUGAAGACCAACCGCUGUCUGUAGGGCCUAAUCCUGUUGAAACAUGCGAAGCGCGCGGUGAUAAAGGAUCCAAUAACGGAAACUACAACGCAGAAAAUAGAAACGAAGCUACGAGGGCCAGCAACGGGAUCAACGUCAUCCGCAGUAUAGGCAGUGGGCACAAUGGCCAAGCGAACAAAGGAAUAAAGGUCAGCGCGCAGAAUAGGCACAAUCAGGUUGCCGUGCCAUUCCUGUCCUUCGAUAGCGUUGGCAAGUUCCUUCAGGAUCGCGAUGUCGUGUAUGUCCUCGUCACGCGGGAUGAAGAGGCGGCUGAGGCUCCGGCAGCGGAUGGAGAUGUUACCGAUGGCUCUAAUGUGCUCACAGCGCAGAUGAAAAGGAAAGAAGAUGCUGCCUCUCAGGCUACCCCUGAUGCUGAAGACCCACGGGGGCGGUGCGCCAUUUGA